AGUAUUGGUAAUAGGUAUGGUAUUAUUGUUAUUAUUUUUUUUAACCAACAUUUUCGUAUUCUCAAAUCUUAACGCGUUUUCGCAAAAGCGUGGCCGUUAAAUUACGCCCGUGGUUCAUCGCCGUUUUUGUUUUUUUUUUCUUUAACAAUUUCUCAACCCGUUGACUUUGUCGUUUGGCGGGACCAAAAUUAUUCAGUUAAACACCACGAGACCGCCGGAAAAACGCGCGGAAACCGUCGGAUCGUGAGCCGCAGUACACGUCCUCAUCACACAUCCGGCAACCGUUGCACAGCCACCGGAUAACAUGGCCUGUGGAGACAUGAACGAUUUUCAUCAGAUACUCACCAGUUUACUGAGCACGGAUAACAAUGUUCGGCAGAGAGCCGAGGAAACUUACCAAUCGUUACCUUUAGAGUCUAAAGUCUCGUAUUUGUUUAAUGCCGUACAAAACCAAUCUGGCGAUGUGGAUGAAAAACAAGUGGCCGCCGUUAUGUUACGCCGGCUUAUGGCCAACGACUUUGUUGAGUUUUUUUCUAAUCUAUCACCUGAAUCUCAGAAGCAAUUCAAAGACAAUUUAUUGUUAAGUGUUAGUAAUGAGGAAAACGACGUUCUGAGACGUCGUAUGUGUGAUGUGGCCUCAGAAGUGGCAAGAAAUCAACUGGAUGAUGACGGCAAUAACACUUGGCCAGAUUUUUUGAAUUUCUUAUUUCAAUGUGCAAAUUCUGCUUCGCCAGACAUGAAAGAUUCUGCACUUAGAAUGUUCACGAGUGUACCUGGAAUUUUCGGCAACCAACAAUCUAAUUACUUAGUAGUAAUUAAACAGAUGCUUCAUCAAUCAUUGAACGUACCAAAUCAAAAUGUUCAAGUACAAGCAGUCAAAGCCGUUUGUGCUUUUAUACUACAUCACGAAAAAGUAAUAGAAGUUCAAAAACAUUUUUGUGACUUACUUCCUAAUAUGUUAAGGAUUAUAACUGAAAGUUUAGUAGCAGAAGAAGAUGAUUCUAUGAUCAAGUUGUUGAUUGAUUUGGCUGAAAAUACACCCAAGUUUUUACGUCCACAAUUAGCUAAUAUUAUAGACAUGUGCCUAAAGUAUCUUAAGAAUGAUGAAGCUAAUGAGUCUUAUAGACAGAUGUGCCUUGAAGUAGUUGUGACAUUAGCGGAAACAGCCCCUGCAAUGAUGCGUAAAGAGUCUUCCAAGUAUAUUAGUCAGUUAGUAGUACAAGUAUUGGAGUUAAUGGCCACAGUGGAAGACGAAGAUGAUUGGGGAACACAAGAUGAUCCAGAUGAAAGUGAUCAAGAGAGUAUGAGUGUAAUGGCAGAAUCUGCGUUAGAUAGAUUGGCAUGUGGCCUCGGCGGUAAAACAAUAUUACCACAUAUAUUAGUUAAUGUAUCAUCAAUGUUGGCUAACCCUAAUUGGAAAUACAGACAUGCUGCUUUAAUGGCGAUUUCGGCAGCAGGAGAAGGUUGUCACAAACAAAUGCAGCCCAUGCUCCAAGAAAUAUUAGUUGGCAUACUAAACUUCCUUCAAGACCCACACCCCAGAGUACGGUACGCAAUGUGUAAUGCUAUUGGCCAAAUGGCCGCAGACUUUGCUCCUAUGUUCCAAAAAAAAUUCCACGAUAAAAUAGUUCCUGCUAUUUUACUUUUACUUGACGAUAAUUUGAAUCCUAGAGUCCAAGCUCAUGCUGGUGCUGCACUUGUAAACUUUUGCGAAGAUUGCCCAAAACGUAUACUCCUGUUGUACAUGGAUCAGAUGAUGGUAAAACUGGAAAGUAUAUUGCAAGCACGCAUUUCUGAUCUCAUGGAAGGCGGAGGUCGACGUCUAGUUUUAGAACAAAUGGUGACCACCAUUGCUUCGGUGGCCGACACAUGCGAAGGCAAUUUUGUGAAAUUUUACGAUCACUUAAUGCCUUGUUUGAAACAAAUUAUAAAAAAUGCUUUAGCGCCCGAACUUAAAUUAUUGCGGGGCAAAACAAUCGAAUGUGUGAGCUUGAUUGGCUUGGCUGUUGGCCAGGAAAAGUUCUUAGUGGAUGCCGGAGAAGUUAUGGACCUGAUGUUAGCAUCGCACAACAAAGAUGAAAAACUAGCGGAAGACGACCCUCAAACUUCAUAUUUAAUAUCUUCAUGGGCUAGAAUGUGUAAAGUUAUGGGUCCAAAGUUUGAACAAUAUUUACCUUUAGUCAUUGGACCAGUAAUGGCAGCUGCUUCUUUAAAACCAGAAGUCGCUUUAUUAGACAACGACGACAUGGGCAACAUGACUGACAAUAAUGACUGGCAGUUUGUACCGUUAGGAGAACAACAAAACUUUGGCAUAAGAACAUCGGGGUUGGAAGAUAAAGCUUCGGCAUGCGAGAUGCUUGUUUGCUAUGCUCGUGAAUUAAAAACUGGAUUUGCCCCUUACACCGAAGACGUUGUCAAGCUAAUGGUGCCCCUUUUGAAAUUUUAUUUCCAUGACAAUGUUAGAAUAGCCGCAGCUCAAAGCAUGCCUUGUCUGUUGGAAUGUGCAGAAACCAGAGGAUCAGAAUAUUUGCAGCACAUGUGGACUUACAUUUGCCCCGAACUACUACAAGCAAUAGAAUCAGAACCUGAAUCAGAUGUUGCCGCUGAAAUGUAUGAAGCGUUAGGAAAGUGUAUAGAACAGUUGGGAGCUGGCUGUUUAUCUGAUAAAUGGAUGAAAGAUUUAUUGGUAAUAUUAGAGAAAAACUUAAACACCCAUUUUGAAAAUGAAAUCCAACGUUUUGAAAGACGUAAGGAUGAAGAUUACGACGAGGUUGUUGAGGAAAAAUUGGCCAUGGAAGAUACUGAUGACGUUUAUAAAUUAAGCAAAAUGACUGAUAUACUACACGCACUCUUUGUUACUUACAAAACCGAUUUUUUCCAAUAUUUUGACCUUAUUGUUCAUCAGUUUGCUAAAUUAUUGGAAUCUGACAAAAGUUCGUCAGACCACCAAUGGGGGUUGUGCGUGUUUGACGAUCUUAUUGAAUUCUGUGGUCCGGGAUGCGCCAAGUACCAAGAAUAUUUCCUUCGGCCCAUGGUUGGGUAUGUUACCGACUACAACAGCGAGGUCCGUCAAGCAGCAAUUUAUGGCUGCGGCGUACUGGGCAUGUAUGGAGGACCUAGUUUUGCUAAUGUCUGUGCAGACAUCAUGCCGUUCCUACUGCAAGUGAUUAACAGUCCUGAUGCACGUACUAGCGAUAACAUUAGCGCGACAGAAAACGCGGUCUCGGCCAUUGCUAAAAUAUUAGAGUUUAACAGUUCAGCAGUAAACGUCGAUGAAAUAUUGCCACAUUGGCUUUGUAAUCUACCUGUGUGUGAAGACACCGAUGAAGCACCGUUUGUGUACGGUUACCUAUGUAAACUAAUUGAAAAUCAUCAUCCGAUGGUAUUAGGAUCUAACAAUUCCAAUAUACCGAGUUUAAUUGGUAUAAUUGCAGAGGCGUUUUUAAGAGAUGCUAUAGACAGAUCACACGCAGUAGCUCAGAGAAUGAUAAUGAUUGUUAGGCAAAUACAGACAAACGAAGAAGUAUUUAAUGCAUGUCUGGCUGUAUUGACUCCAGAACAAAUCAAAACUCUACAGAGCCUACUGAUAACUACUAACUAAACAUAACAUUAUUUACCUCAUAGUUUCAUUGUGACAGAUAUAUUUUUUUAUAUCCUAACCCUGUGCUUAUAUUACAAUUAUAUUUAUCAUUAUUUUUGUUA